GCGCCAAGCUCGGAUAUGUUCAAUAACAGUGACAUCUUGAGGAAGCUGAAACUCUUCAAGCCUCCUCUCUCUGCUCCACCUCCAGACUCUGUUGCACUGUUCCUCCCACCCUCAUGCUUCCCAGCAGAAACGCAGAGGUGUUUGAUCAAACUCGCCGUGCAGUGGGCUGGAGUGAUUUCCUACUUCGCCGGACUUCAAGGUGUCUCCGAACUCUGUGAUAUGGCCAUCUCUCUCUCCCUCCAGUGCCUUGGCCUCACAAUACUCGCAGCUGUCCUCCUGCAGACGGUCGCGGUGGCCAUAAGCUUCAUGUACUUCCACAAAGUCUUGAACACGAUGCAGGACAGUUUUUCCCGGAGCAGCGUAUCCUGUCUGACACAUGCGAAGCUGCAGUCAGAGUUCCAGGACCCAGCAGCCGAGGGCAGGAAAAGCAGUGAUCCCUGUUGGCAGGUCACCCAGCAGCUCCACUACCACAUCGAGAAGAAGAUUGCUGACAGAUUCCAGAGGGAGAUAUCCACUGCUAUGAGAAAUAAGUUGACGGGAGUGCUGCCUAUCUUGGGCCCUGGGGUCCGUGGGGUCCCUCUUCCUAAAGUCGCUGCCCAUGUGACCGGUGUUGCCUCAUCGUCAAAGGCUCCAGCAGCACCAGAAAGCCCGCGGAGCAGCAGGGGGUACUCUGGCGAGCGCAUCCGAGCGUGGGAGGGCCAGAGGGGUCUGUCCUUCCUGCAGAACAUGGAGCUUAAAGGAGGGGAGCUGCUCGUACCAAGUGCAGGCUUGUACUACGUCUACGCCCAGACCUACUUCAGGCUUCCGUCUGUGGGGGAGACAGAUGGGGAAGCAGCAGACGAUGAGGGAGCAGAACUCGUCCAGUACAUUUAUAAAAAGAUGAGUUCCUACAGAGGACCCAUCCUGUUGAUGAAAUCGUCCCGGAGCGUGUGCUGGCCUCGGGGUCAGGAGCCAGGCCUCUUCUCCCUGCAUCAGGCCGGCACCGCUUUCCUGCAGCCAGCCGACCGCCUUUUCGUCACCGUCAGCAAUGCCAGCGCCAUGGAGAUGGACGGGAGGGCGAGCUACUUUGGGGCUUUCCUGGUGGAUUAACGGCGUUAACUGAGGCUUUCCGGAGUCGUCAGUAGACUACAUCAGUCACCAUGGGAAGAAACGGGCCUGGAAGACAAGAUCUUCUUAUGGAGAGCGGAGCUGGGAUCGCUCUAAGCUGCAAAGGAAAACUCUGAAUGCACCGCCGCUCAAAAAGGAAUGAAGAUUAGCUGUUUAUGCUGUGCAUAUAUUCCAGCAGUGACCUGUGAGCACAGAUCAUAUGUAGCAGUGGCUGGAAACAAGAACGCACAUGCAUUAAGUUGGGGAAACUGAAUUGCAAACAUUGGGAUUGCUCUCUGUCGAGAGAAUUGACCAAAUGGACGUCACUGUGUGAUUUUUCAGUGUUUUCCAGCGAUGGACACAAACUUGGUUUUCUCAUAUAUGGUAUUGUUUACAAAUGUAUUCAUACUGAUAAAUGGAUUUACUUGAGAUGUUUUUUCUCAGGGUGUAAAAAGUAAAACUUGUAGAUAUUAUGUUGAGCUUAGUGUACUCUGGGUCUAUUUUCUCAGCAAAUAUCAUUUUCCUGAUUUGAUAUGAACCGUUUUGAACUACAAGUCUCAAUUUUCAGUCGGUCAUACUUAAUUUUUUAAUAAUUAUAUUCAUCAGAGUCGGUCGAUACUUUGACCAGUUCUUUUUUUUAGGGUUGACUGAAAAUGCAUCUAAAACGAUGAGUACAAUCCCAAAAUCAAACUUUUCUAAGAUGAAUGUAUGAUGACGAAAGCUAUGCCUUGAAUCUAAGCGACUUAACAGGUUCUGACCUACAUAAUAUGAAAAAAUUGAGGAAAACUCUUCCUUUGAUCACAUCUGUCCACACAAUAAAAGACACAAAGCUGAAAAAGUAAAAAACUAUCUUUUAAUUCAUGUUGUUACAUAUCUCCAUAAUAUGGCAGUGAAUGUUUCAGCAAAUAACUGUCACUCCCCAAAGAAGACUUUUACAUUACAAAAAAAAAA